AACAAAAAUUAAAAUGGCACCGAAAGGUAAAAAUCGCAACGAUGUUUUGGAGGAAGAAUUUUUCCUUCAAGCUGUUGUUAUUGCUGAUAGUUUCAAUGUUCGAUUCGGGCCAGUGACUUAUAAAAAACCUCGGGUAAGAUUAUGUAAUUCUUAAAUUAAACGUUGAGUAUUCCAUCGAACCAAUGAUGUCUAGUGGGGAAAAAUUUAAUUAAUGGUGGGCAGACCUGAGACUGGCUAUUUUUUUUUUCUUCUGAUCGUGAUCACCCAGACGCGAGAGAUGAUGCAAUAAUUAAUCGUUAAGCAUAGCCUAACACAACUAUUUACUUGGCUUUAUUUUUUUAAUUUACACGUUAGAAAAUAAUAUUAAAUAUAUACUAGCCUAUAUUAGAACUUAGGCCCAGACUAGAGAACUAAACUAACUAAUGUAAAAAAUGUCAGUACGCCAUCUUGGUGCCCUAGGCACAAACCCACAUGGGUGCCCCUACUGCCCCCGGCCCCUGAUCCUCUACCAGUUUUUUAGUACAUCUUCAAAGUUAAUUUUGCGCAACAAGUCUGCCUCAAUCAUCAGCAAAGAUAAAGAAUCAAGCCUUUCUUGUUUCUUUGUCGAUCUACUUGGAUUUUUUGUAUGUUUCAACUGAGAAAAAGAGUGCUCAGUAGAACAGUUCGUAACCAUUAAUGUUAAAAAUAUGUGCAAGGCGAGGUCUACUUUUGGAAAAGCACACUUGAUGUUGUCUCUAACUAUUACUUUGUAGAGUUCUGCAUGACUGAAAGUGUUGUUCUCAGAUUUUGAUGCACGAAACUUGUGGCGAAUAUGAGUGGAACUGUUGUAGUUCAGUUUAUAAAUUAUUGUUAAGAUCUUCAGGAUAAGCAUUUGUUAGUCCUUCACAACACUGAGAUGUUUGUGGUACAUCGACCAAACAAGAAAAUCGAACUGCUAGAUCAUUAUAUACCUGUCCUCAUCUACUCAUCUCUGUCUCAAGUUUGUCAACAAUGGUGUAGAAAGCAGAUAUACGAAAUUUGUCUCCGGCAUUCUGAAAAACCUCAGGGGCAUCACCAUCAAUGACCACUGUCAUUCAUUUAUGAUUAUGGGUCAAAGUUGACUUAUAAUCCACACAUGGUGUUAUUUCUUUUGCAGCUUCUUCAAAUCUUUCAAAUUCAUUCCUAGAUUCAUGCAAGGGAUCUGCUAGUGAAGAAUACAAAUCAGCACAUGUUUUCAAGUUCAUGUGCUCAUUUUGUAGAGCUUGACUGACCCUAUUCACAAUUUUUUUCACUAGCAGACCAAAACGGAAGUGAAUUUGUCACUACGCAUUAGUGCGUUACGUAGCACAAACAUAUCCCAGAAAAGUAAAAAAAUAGCACCAAAAAACCUUGAAGAAAAAAAUAACAAAAAAUAGCAAAAAAACUGGGUGGGGGGCAUUUUACCCCUGGAUUGUGGGACCAAGGUUAAAUAAUGUGCGAUUCAAUAUUACAUUUGCAAUUUGCUUAUGCCAUGCAAUUACGCUACCGGGGCAAUAUACACAUUUUUCUUGAGGACUUGUGGUGCCCCCCUAAAUGCUUGGUGCCCUAGGCACGUGCCUUGUUUGCCUAAUGGUUAAUCCAGCCCUGUAUAAGCCUAUGAAAACAUAUUUCCCAGCAUCCUGAUCAUUGGCAAGUAAUAUCUACACAUUGCAUGGUACCUGUAGCCCAGGGAUGGGUAAUGUUUUGGGGCAUAUUUAAAGCAGUGAAAAGUUUAUCAACCAAGCUUCUCGCAAUAUUUUAGAUGCCAGUAAAUAAUAAUGCCCAUUGUUAUCAUUUUCAAUCAAUAUUUUUUUUAGCUAAAGCUUUAAAUCGCUAAAUUAUUCUUUGUAAAAUUCACAUCAAUAAAAGACUUCAUAAAUUUUAAAAUGUUAUGUUUCUUUUCAUUUUUUAUAAGGCUCUACUGCCUCUGGUGAAUAUACCUCUCCUUGACUACACCCUUGAGGCCUUGGCAAUAUCUGGGGUGAAGGAUGUCUUUGUAUUCUGCUGUCACUUAGGAGAACAAGUUCGGGAGCAUAUAAGGUGAAUGAGGAAACAUUAACAAAUAUUAAUUAUUUGUAAUUAGAAUUAUAGAAGAUUUAACCAGGAAGUGGUGAGUUCAUAUUUAAAUUAAAUACAGUCAGGAAGUGGUGAGGUCGUAUUUAAAUACAGCCUCAAAGAGGUAACGUCAUAUUUAACUACAUUUCAGUAAUAAAAUACUUUUCUGUUGUAUUGUUUUUAUAAGUCAUUGAGAAUUGUUUCAAAACUCUCCAUAAAUUGCCUCACCUGACAGUUAGCAGUUUCUGAAUUAACAGAACAAAUAUCUCAAUCCUACAACUAGUCAUAACUUUUAUGAUAUUGUACUAACCUCAACAGACAGUCAAAAUGGCAAGAAGGUGGCUCCCAGAUGACAGUGACAGCCUUGAUGUUAGAUUCGUGCAGGUCUAUGGGAGAUGUUCUCAGAGAGAUUGAUGCAAAGUCCUUGAUUCGAUCUGACUUUAUCCUUAUUUCAGGGGACAUUGUCUCCAACAUGGAUAUAAGCUUAGUAGUCAAAGAGCACAAGUAAGAUUUGUCACAGUUCUGAACACAUUUAUGUAUACAGGAAAAUAUAUGCAAACCAGAACUCUUAAUAAACUAAUACUGAUGAAUCAAAUCUAUGCAUUUUGUAGGUGCUGACUUAUGCCUCAGCUUCAUUAAUAUCAGUAUAGUGUUAACAUGUUUAUUUUAACAAUUUGUUAUUGAAGUGAACAUUAUAAAAUAAAAACAACAUUCAACUGAAUUCACAUAGGAGUAAUGUGUUGUUAUCCAUGAACUCUUUCCACUUAUUAAGGCUAAAAUAUCAACACAAAACUAUACAUCGAUGAUCAACUAGAUUAAUUAAUUUUUAAAUAACUGCAAUCUACUGUUAAUAGUUCAUUUUUCCUAGCAAUAGCUAACCAGUCCAUAACCUUCACUAUCUGUUUGGAUUUCUUGCAGCCUCAUCUUUUUCAUUAACAUUUUUGUUGUUAUUUUGCAUGCUUAUGAUUAUUAGCUACCUAUGAGUAUGAGCAUAUUAAAUGAUACUACAAAUUUAACUGCCUUCAAACAUUUUUUGACAGUAUUUUAGUAUGAAAUAUAUUUUAUUAGACCAGGUUAUUUUAAAAUAUUUUAAUGUAACUUUAACUGAACUAUUGCAGGGAGCGCACUCAUGGAAAAGACAAAUCAUCUGUGAUGACUAUGGUUUACAAAGUGGCCCUUCCGGGUCACAGGUCACGAAGCAAAGAAGACGCCAUGCUCUUGAUUGAAGAGGGGGAAACCAAGAGACUUCUCCACUUUGAGAAAUCACAUGAUAAAAGGAAAAUUAAAAUACCCACAGUAUGUAAAAUGUAUUCAAAUAUAUUGAAAUAUGUUCGAGAAAUAUUAAUUAGUCAAAUUCAUAUUUAGCUUCUGAUGAGAGAAAAGCCCGAAUCGCAUGAUUCAUAUUAAAUUUAUUAAGCUAAGCAAAACACCUGAAAGGCUUGUCUUUUAAAAUUUUGGCCUUCAUUGUUGUAAUUAUUUAAGCUACAUUUCUCUUGAUGGCAGGAAAUACUGCUGGAACACGAAGACAUCAUCAUUCAUAAUGACCUGAUGGACUGUCACAUUUCUAUAUGCUCGCCAGUGGUCCCAACGCUCUUCACUGACAAUUUCGAUUACCAAACUCGGGACAAUUUUGUCAAAGGAAUUCUCAUUAACGAAGAGGUUGUUCAUGAUUAAAACUCUCAAUAGAAACAAAUAAGAAUCGCCAUCAAAAAUUAAAUGAGAAAGUACAGCUUCAUCAGCCAUACCUUCUAAGUGAUAUUUAUCUUCAUCUUUUUAAGAAUUCUUUGUUCACAGUCAGUUUGUUUUUAAAAUGGAUGGCUAUUUGCAGUGUUUUAAAGAAUUUUAUUUACAUUUGUAGUGAAUUCAAGCAAAAACAGUGAACACGCUUGUAUUAUUGCAACUAGGUGAAUCUUCAAUACUUUAUGUAAAAUUGCAUUUACAAAAGUGUAUUUGGGAUAAUGCAUUGAUAAUUUUAUUGACAUAUAUUUUUGAAAAUGAAACUUUCAUGUGAUAAUUUAUUUAUUUUUGUGGGGGGGUCUAUCCUGCAGAUCAUGGGCUAUAAAAUACAUCUGAGCAUCAUACGAGACAAAUACGCAGCUCGUGUUUCAAAUAUGCAAACUUAUGAUGCCAUUAGGUGAGAUGAAUUUUAUUACGAGAAUCCUCUUGUGGAUACAUGCGGUCACCACAUUUAGGUUACACUUAUAAGCAAAGCCAAAGGUCAAUUAAUCUCAACCAUUUUAUUUUUUAUUUAUUUUUUUUAAAUUCUGAUGCCCAUUACUUGACUGAACAAAACUGAAAUAUGAAAAUGACAGAAUACAUCCUUACUUGUAACAGUGUUUUUUGUUUGUUUGUUGUUGUUGUUGUUGUUUUUUUUUGGGGGGGGGGUGUGCAUUUCUAGACUUUUUGUUUUAUCUAACGUCGUUUAAAAGCUCAUAAUUAUAUUUAUUCAUUAAUCGUGAUAUUCUGCCUUCCUUUUGAUAGUAAAGAUGUCAUUGCUCGAUGGACAUACCCUCUUGUCCCGGAUAUGUUUGGAUCUAGUCACAAGGAGACCAUCAAGUAUGGCCGUCACAAUGUGUACUGUGGUGAGGAUGUUACCCUUGCAAGGUAUUCUGGUCUAGUACACUCUGUGUGGUCCAACAAGGCUGUGGUAGAAUUGGGAUAUUCUUAGUCUGCGUGAAGUCUGGUGCUCUGACUGUAGGUGGGGGGAAAAAAAGUUUGACUAUGCUUUCAAAUCCUUAUGGUUGAAGACUAAUAAAUAUUUGAAUAAUUAAACACACAGUCUUUAAAUUGCAGAGUUAAUAUGUUAUGCUGGUUUUUGGGUCACUGAAAAAACUAAAAAUGUCAUUUGGUUUUGAAACUUGACGUAUUUAUUAUAUUUUCACUUCAAAGGAAGGUAGCCUUAACUUCUUCUGCCUUGAAAAGAAGAACAUUUUUAAAGUAUUUAAGUGUCCCAUUUGAUUCCAAUCAGAGCAAAUAUAUUUCCUUUAAUUUUUUGCACACAUUUUUUUAAAGUCAACUUAGCUGUUUAUUUUAUGGCUGAGCAUAGUUUAAUUCCAUAGAGGUCAAUGACCUUCCAUCCUAAUCCUUAUUCCUUUAUACUAAUCUUUGCUAUGUUUGCUACUAACAGUAAAAGCUUAAUGUUACAAUUUUUAUUCCAAUGAAUCGAUAUUCAAAACUGUUCAUGGUGAGAACUUAUGAGCUGCUUUGUUUGGGGCUCAGAGAGUUGCAACGCGGCUGGUCAUGAUGCCUCUGCCCACCAUUCCCAUAAAGUAGUUGUUUCAGAUCAUGAAUUUUGAUCAUACUAAGAAGAUACUAUUUCGAGUGGGUUUGGUAGAUCAUUAGGAGUAAGUAGAAAACGAAACAGACAAAAUGAUGGAAAAUGUUCUUGUUAUAUUAAAUCACAAUCACAUUUUAUGUGCAGGGGCUGUGAUCUCCAGAAAGAUGUUGUUGUAGGAAGAGGGACCUGCAUCGGCAGUGGAUCUGUUAUAUCAGGCUGUGUUAUUGGAAAGAACUGCCAGAUCGGUAAGUCUGUUUUAGUUAAAUUAUCAUCUGGUUUAAGGUUGGUCAGGGGUGGCAAAAUCAACUGGGCAUGCUUGUGUAUGGCCAAUAGGCGCUGCUUGUGGUUGGUAGAUUGGGGAUGCUUGUGGGUGGCAGAAUCAGUUGGGGAUGCUUGUGGUUGGUAGAUUGGAGAUGCUUGUGUGUGGAAGAAUCAGUUGGGGCUACUUGUGGUUGGUGGAUUGGGGAUGCUUUUGGGUGGCAGAAUCAGUUGGGGAUGCUUAACAUGGUGAAAUCAGUAAGACAGGAGUUAAGCUUGCAAACUGACUUUUCAUAUUAUAGUCGCUAAAACAUCAGAGUUACUUCCGGGUUAGUUAACAAUACAAUUUUAUUGAACCAUGAAAUGGUUGUUUGAAAUUUGUAAUUUAAACAAAAAAUGUAUUGCGUUAUAGGAGAGAACGUAAAGCUGAGGAACAGCUUCCUGUGGGACAACGUAAAGAUUGCCAGCAACUGUGACAUUGACACUGCUCUCUUGUGCUCUGGUGUACAGGUCCUGGACAGGGUCAUUAUCAACAAGGGGGUCAUCCUAGCAUGGGAGGUAACCAAUUUAAUCAAAUGUAUGCCCGCAUGCAUUCUUGAUUGUGUGGUCAUUAACUCAUUCCCUCCGGCAGUGCUACUUCCGGACUUAAUUUAUUUUCCUGAGAAAAGGGAAGCAACUCAGUUUUGAAAUUGAUGUACAUUUUUUAAAUAUUUUUUAAGUUGCUAAAUAUUAUUUAAUGUUAAUGAAUUAAGAACAAAUGCAACAAAAAAUGAAUGAGGUUUAAUAUAAAUAUAGCAUUAGCGGGGGAAAAAUAACUAAUAAUGGUAAAAAAAUCGAUUUUCGGCACCUCGGAUGAACACAUGCUACAUAGAGACGCGCCGUACUAAAGCACACAUAUUUUUAAAGUGAAACAAGAUAAAAACUUCCGGUUUCUAAAUUAAAAUCAUGCAGAGAUCACGCCAUAGCCGGAAGUCUCGAGGGGCGUGAGAUUUCAUUGCUAUUUAUAAAUAAAAAUAAGAGAGGUGUGUCGCUAUGCGCCGGGACGCAUUUGGACGCAUCAGGAGGAACCCCCAGAGGACGCAUUUAGUCGCAACCGUCGGGAAUGAGUUAAUUAACAGAUGUAUGGUUUAGCCGAUGGAUGGGCGAAUGGGAAUAUGGAAACAUUUAUAAGGCUUAACAUUGUACUUAAUGCUCUUGGGGAAGACAGCAAUGCUCCAGCUUCAUUUUAGAUUACUUAAUUUUUAAAAUACUUUCAAAAUGAUGGUCUUUUUUUUUUUUUUUUAACCUCAGAUUUCCCAUUGUUCUCCUCUGUCACCAGGUUGUGGUUGGACCUGAUGUCACUAUCAAGAAGGGAACACAACUCAUGUCUGAAGCACAGAAGGAUGAUUGGGAUGACCCAAACAUGUCGUUUGGAGAGGAUGAAGUCAGAAGUGAAUCUGCAGAUGGUGAAGACAAGGAAGGUCAAGGUAGGACCCACAUCAAACUACAGGACCACCUGUGCAGUUUAACACCAUCUCUGCUACAUAUGCAUUUACACUUACAUCAACCUACUGUACUACCUGUGCAGUUACACACAUAAUACUACCUGUGCUACUACACACCAGCUGUACUAUCUGUGCAGUUAUACAUCAGCUGUGGCACCUGAGAAAUAACAUACCAACUGCACAACCUGCAAAUGUUAAAAAAUGAAGUUAUGCUGAUGGAACAUGAUUUGUAUAAUUUUAUAUCUAAACGACAUCAUUUAUGGUGGAUACAUUUUUAAAAUAAAAAUGACCAUUCACCUGGAAUGCCUCUUUAGAAGUAGAUUUAAUAAAUAAUCUGUAUGCAUUGUAUACCAUUUUUAAGAUCUUAGUCUGCUAAUUAUUGGGGAGGAGACACAUUAAAGUUAUUUAAAACCUUUUUAUUUAAACUUUGCUUCUGGCUACAAAAGUUACUGCAGUGCAAGUGCCAUGCCUGCUUCAACUACAUGGCCUGCUUCCAAUACAUGCAGUCCUAAGUUUUCAUUUAAAUUUUGAGGAUUUCAUAUUUGUGGUUUUAUCCUCUUCCCUGCUAACCUUCCCAGAGCCAGUGAACUAUGGCAGCAAGAGCAAAGCCUAUCCAUACAAGCAAAACGUGGAUAGUGAAGACGAAGAGGAAGGUGUUGGUAAGUUACUCUUAUAUACCCACCGGUACUUAAUGAGAAGUGCUAAUGUUUUGAUGUACUGAACAUAGCAGGGCAUGUUUAGCUAUCAGGGUUUCAUAUUUCAUGAUGUGAAUCUUCAGGUUUUUUUUAAAUAUUCAUAGAAUAACAAUCCUCUUUUUUUCUUAAAACCCAACCCCAUUUCUCCACCCUUUUUUUUUUUCAAGUCUUUGUGUUUAGGAGAUCAUUGGCUUAGAAUAGUAACUCAAAUGGUAAUUCUGUAAUAAUUGUUCCUUUCUUGUAACCGUGUCUUCACCUAUGAAAUGAAAAUGUUAUAUUUUCACAGUAUUAGAUCAGACAUGGGGAAUUUCUGCCUCUGAGUCCGAUGACAGAGCAUCAGAGGAGGACAGUAAUGAUAGCUACGAGGAAGAUGAUGGGGGCAGUGAAGAUGAUGAGGCUGAAAGGGGAGGAAACCUUGAUGAUGAAGAGGAGGAGGAGGACCAGGUGGAUAGUUCAUUGGGCUUCAUUCCCAGCGUUUGUAUGAUGGAGAGAAAUACAGGUUGGUCGAGUUUGUAUGAUGGAGAGAAAUACAGAUAGAUGCUUGUAUGAUCAACUGAUGUCAACUUUUAGUUUUAUAAACUUUUUUUUUUAAUGGCUUUAAAAGGAAGAAGAAGAAGUAGAAAAACAUGAUAUACAUAGGUUGCAGACAUUGUUUUACAGGCCAUUGAUUUGUUGAAUAUUUAUUUAUAAAUGUGCAUCAAGUUAGCAGUGUUUCAACACACUUCAGGAGCAUAGACCAUCAGAGUACUUAACUGAGUCAACUCUUUAUAAUAAUAAACUAAUGAGUUUAUAGUCAUUUUUUUUUCUUGCUCUUAUUGUUAAAAAAAAAAUUCUAUUGAUGCUCAGAUUAAUUUACACAUUAUUUAAUUCUAUUAAAGGUCUUGAGCAACAACAAAAAAUGUCUUUUGAUCUUUGAUAUACCGGUAUCAUGAUAAUAAUAUAUUGCUGUACAAGUUUUCUUUGCUUGAUGAAUAUUUGUGUUUGUGACAGCUUUUUACCAGGAACUUGUGGAUACAUUUGUGAGGGCAAAUAAUGAAAAAAUUACAGAGGAUAAUCUCACUCUGGAGAUCAAUUCACUCAAGUAAGGAGUAAAAACAAAAAUCAGACUGAGACUUGAGUUUAACAAGAUUUGCAGUCAGCCAAAAAAAAAUUAAUAAUUAAGUUUUACUAUGGUGUGGGUCAUUAAGUGUUAUAUGGUGUAGAUCAUACAGUAUAUGCUGUCUGUCAAGGGUAUGAGAAUCACUAUUGUUAUGAGUAGAUUAUUGUUUCAAGGUUUGAUAGAGAAAAGAUGUUUAGUUAAAGAUUUUAUGUGUAGCUGUAUCGUUUGUGUGAGAGUGUUGUGACGUAAUUGUGUAGUAGGAAGUGACGCAUUAGUUUUCGUUGUUGUUAGAGAAGAAAGAUGGCGGAUGUGCUAUAUUGACUGUUGUGAUUUGAAUACUGCUAAGUGUUGUGCUGAAAAGAUUUGAUUGUUGCUCAGAAAUUAAGUAUCAACCAUAGUUUGGGAAUUGUGGUUAAAUAAAUUAAGUGUUGUGCUGAAAAGAUUUGAUUGUUGCUCAGAAAUUAAGUAUCAACCUUAGUUUGGGAAUUGUGGUUAAAUAAAUUAAGUGUUGUGCUGAAAAGAUUUGAUUGUUGCUCAGAAAUUAAGUAUCAACCAUAGUUUGGGAAUUGUGGUUAAAUAAAUUAAGUGUUGUGCUGAAAAGAUUUGAUUGUUGCUCAGAAAUUAAGUAUCAACCUUAGUUUGGGAAUUGUGGUUAAAUAAACUUUUGUUUGCAACAAACCGGUUGAUGUUUGUUGCAUUGGUGACUGUUGCUGUAUGAUGUACUGCCGAACGGAAUGAAGUGAAAGACUUGGCCAUACAGGAGAAUCUCAUCUCGACACUGUCGGUUAAACAGUGUUAAAUGCUCUAGGACAUACAGUUUUACUAUGGUGUAGGUCAUUUAGUAUUACAUGGUGUAGGUCAUACAGUGUAAUAUGCUGUAGGUUAUACAGUUUUACAUGGUGUAUGUCAUGCAGUGUUACAUGCUGGAGAUAUCACAUAUUGUAGAAAAAACAAAGUGAAGAUGGAUGUCAUAAUCUUAUUACUGUGGUAUUAGUAUCAAUGUCUCAUGCAUAAAAAAUGUUCAGUCAAUCUGUAGCUGAAUUCUUAAAUGUUGACAUACCAUAACCAAUUUUUCAAUUUAUUUUUAGUUUUUCCUGCUAAAUGGUUUAGGCCUAUAUUUUUGCAUAUCUUGCAGAUAUUGGUUAAAUUUACAGAGGCUUUAUUGCUUAUCAAAUAAUAAUAUUAUUGAUUAAAAAAAUAUCUUAAGUUCUAAUACAAAAAAAAAAGGUUUAUUUUGAGCUUAAAAAUGUACUAAAAUUUUCUUAUUUAUAAAUUAUAUUAACAUCUUAAAGCCUGGACGUUUUUUUUUUUUGUUUUUUUACAUUCUAGAGUGACGAAAUUUAUAUUUAAAUAAUUGUAUUUGUUUAAAAAAGGUUUAUUUUGAGCUUAAAAAUGUACUAAAAUUUUCUUAUUUAUAAAUUAUAUUAACAUCUUAAAGCCUGGACGUUUUUUUUUUUUUUGUUUUUUUACAUUCCAGAGUGACGAAAUUUAUAUUUAAAUAAUUGUAUUUGUUACAGACAUGCCUAUACUGUUUCCAUUGAGGAAGUUAUCCACAGCUUACCUUGUGUUCUGCUUGACAUGGCUUCGCAUGAGCAGACUUUGCCUGUUUCAGUGAACGACAGAAUAUCUACUUUUAAAAAGGUUAGGUUCAUCAUAAUUCAUCUGUAUCAUUGUUCAUCCUGAAUCAUCCUGUAUCAUUGUUCAUCUUGAAUCAUCCUGUACCACUUUUCAUAUGUUAAACCUAUUUGUGACAUUUAAAUUUUAAUGGAUAAAUAAUUUGUCUUUCUAGAAAUUUUCAACUACAUAAAAAAGGAAAUAUUUGUAUUUAUUUUGAAAAUAAAAUAUAUUUUUAUCUGGUCAAAAUAUGUUUGUGGUUUCUUUUUGACUCUUUUGAUAUAGCAUGCAAAAAUGAAAAUCAUUAUGCCUAGCUGGAGUUUUUUUUUUUUUUAAUUAUUGAUUUUAGCCAUACGAGUACAUGAAUAUGUUUUUAAACACAUGUGUAAAGCUAAUUUUUAUUUAUUUUUAUUUAUUUAUUUUUUUAAAAUAAAACACAUUCCAAUAAGCAGUUCUUUUGUAAAUAUUAUUUUUUUAAUUUUUCUGCAGAACGUACAGCUCUACUCCAGUUUACUACGCAAGUAUAUCAAGAAUACUGAAACCCAACUGACUCUCAUUAAUGGACUGGGUGUAAGUUGAAAUUUUUGUACAACAAUAGUCUCCAGCUCUGAUAACUUGUUAGAUGUGAUGUCAGCAGGAGAUUAUAGCUGUGAAGUUAAAUGUGAUGUUAGUGGUGAAGUUUAUUGUUAUGUUAGCGGGGAUGUUAGUGCAAAGCUUUUUGUGAUGUUAGUUAGGAAUUCAGUGGUUAGGUUAAUUAUGAUAUUAGUGGUGAAGUAAAUUGUAAGGUUAGUUUGGAUUUUAUUUGUGAUGCAAGGAAUCAUGUUAGUUUGAUUUUAGUGAGAAUUUUUGUGAGAAAGUUAAUUUUGAAUGUUAACUUUGGUGAUGAAAACCCUUAUCUGGGUAUAUUUCCCUUAUAUUAGCAAAGGUGGCAUAAUAUUUGAGACCACCACAGCUCUUUCUAAGUUAGAACAACUAUUUUGGAAGUCAAUAUGACUGUAACUUUAAAACAAUCUUCACUAGUUUGGGACCACUUUUAAGGUGGCUGAAAUCUGAGCUCACUUGGUCCUCUUGUUGGUCGUUUUUAAAUUUUAUUCUUAAGUUGUAUAUUACUGCUGCUUACCUUCUUUAUAUCCUAUUUGCUUUCUAGGACCAUGUCAUUAGACAGAGUGACCUACGACCCCGCUUGCCUUUGCUCCUCAAUACCUUAUAUGAUGUGGAUGUUCUAAGUGAAGGUGCUAUUCUACGAUGGUAUAACUCAACACAGUUUCCUUCAGUAAAUGAAUCAUCCAGACAUGCAUUCCUCAAGAAACUGGUAAGUGUACAUUAAUUUUUUUCUUUUUUAUCUAAUUUUUUUGUUGUUUUUGUAUGGAGAUGGACCAUUAUUGCAUCCCAGAUUUACAAGUUUUUUUCAGGAAUAUUUAUAUCUGCAAAUAAUAUCAGAAACAUCUCCUGAAAAUAAAAUAGCAGAAUUUUAUUAGUAAAAAUACCAGGAUGUUAGAAAGUGAAAAAUAGUUUUCUUUUUUUUUUUCUCUUUUUGGUAUUCAUUAAAUGUUUUAGUUAGAAUCUAAUAACUCCUGCCAGACAGACAGAAACAGCAUAUUUUAUAGUUCUAAAAUCUCAUUACAAAAUAAUUCCAGAAUUUUAAAAAAAACAAUGAAAUAAUUCUACUUGUCAUGUACAUUCUCUUCUUUGUAAUUUUUAUGAUUGUUUUCAUUUUCUUUCAGAGCCAACCCUUUAUUACUUGGUUAAGAGAGGCUGAAGAGGAAUCUAGUGACAGUGAUGUCUCUGAUGGAAAUAACUAAUUUCGUGGCUGUACUAAUAUUUAACUGAAAUCGGCAGAGUUAUUUUCCUAUGUUUUCUUCUUCCUUAUUGUAAUUAUAUUUUAGAGCUCUAAAUGACUCUAACUUAAACAUAAAAUAAAAAUGAUAAAUUUCUGGUUAAAAAAAUAGCCACUUUUAGGGUCAGUUGAUGGCAACCUUUUCAUUUUGAGAUUCAGGCAACUUGUCAUUUUAGAGUAGAGGGAAUUGUAUAUCAAUAUGAACUACAGUAAUUAAAUUCAUUUUCUAUCUAUGAAAUUAGUACUCAUAUAUAAUGUUGUGCUAUCAAUUAUAAUCAAUAGUAGGCUAUUUUGUAUCAUUUUUAAUAUUUGAUUUUCUAUUCUUGUAAUGCAAUAAUGCAAUAGAUGGGAGAUUUUAUGAUGAGAUCAGGGGCAGACUUAAAAUAAAAUUUAACUUUAUAAUUCAAUUAUCAAUUUGCAGAGCAUAUGAAUUUUGAAACCUUUAAAAUAAUUUUCAUCUGAUAGUAAACAAAAAUGUAAGCUUAGUGCUGAAUGCAUAGUCAGCCACAAAAGUGAAAUCUGUAAAAAAAAAUAUGUGGAUGACACUACUGGUAUCACAUGUUCUCACCAUGUCAGGUCUUAAUAGUUUUAAUUAAGUUUCAAUAUGAUCAAAGUUUAAUGUAAUUUUAUAUAACGUUAAUUUUUAUUUUGUUUAGCUUUAGAAUUAAGUACUUUUGUAAUACUAUCAAAUUAUAGGCCUAUAAUUAAACAUUUAAACCAAGACAAUUUGACAGCCUCAACUUGAGGUGUCCUAAUAUGGGGGUGUAAAAUUGUGAUGUAAUUCAUUUGAAAUACUUAUUAAAAGGAAAGCAAGGUUGAAAAAUGCAAUUUAUUGCCAUCUGGAUUUGAAAUAAAAGUUUGAGAAACCAGGA